CCCCGCUUGCCGGUUGAAGCGCUCCCCAAGUUUCACACCUGAACGAGUGCCAAGCGGUUGGUUGGGGGCUAUAAAAAGGCAGCCCGGAGGAGGCCUUUCCCAGUUGUGGAGGAGGCAGCUGCCGAGGCGAGAAGGGCCGGGGGGAGGGGGUUCUACAGUCAGGCAGGCAAAGCUUGAGCUCGCCAUGAUCCCCGCCACGCUCCAGUUCUCGGCGUUCCUGCUCGCCUGCUUGCUCCUGAAGAGCUGCCUGGCGUUCAAGAACGACGCCACGGAGAUCCUUUACUCGCAGGUCGCGAAAGCCAUCCCGGCCAUCCCCAGCAGCAACAGCACCUUGAAUCAAGCCCGGAACGGAGGCAGGCACGCGGGCUUCGAUCGGAACAGUCGUGUUCAAGUUGGCUGCAGGGAAUUGAGAUCUACCAAAUACAUUUCAGAUGGCCAAUGUACUAGUAUAAACCCCCUGAAAGAGCUGGUAUGUGCUGGGGAGUGUCUUCCUUUGCCAGUAUUGCCCAACUGGAUUGGAGGGGGUUAUGGGACUAAGUAUUGGAGCAGAAGGAGCUCACAGGAGUGGAGGUGUGUCAAUGACAAAACUCGCACCCAAAGGAUUCAACUUCAGUGUCAAGAUGGAAGCACAAGAACCUACAAAGUAACUGUGGUGACAGCAUGUAAGUGCAAGCGGUACACCAGGCAACACAAUGAAUCCAGCCACAACUUUGAAGGACCAUCUCAAACAAAGCCCGUACAACAUCAUAAAGAGAGGAAAAGAAACACCAAAUCCAUGAAGCAUACCACAAGUUAGAACUUGGCCAUCAGAGUUAUAAAACUUGAACUUAAUAGUCCACUGCUUUUACAGAUAUCACUGCCUGAAAACACACAGACUUGUCAUUGUUGCUUCUCAGCUGGGUGUACUUUGACCAAACUCAGAAGGGCACUCUAUGCAUAAGGAUCUCUCCAGCAAAUCAUCCAUAAUUUCAAGAUGAACAUCCAGCUCUGCUCAUUGAACUUUAUUUUUUCCUGGUUAUUUUUUGGAAACAGAUGUUGCUAUAGACACUUGAUCAAAUUUUAUAUUGUACAGAGUUGCUGUUGUGAGUUUUCAUAAAGCAUAUUCUUCAGAUCAUCUACUGAUGUCCCAACUGAAAUAAAUUCCUUGAAUAACACUGCAGUCAGCCAAAAGCACCAUGCAUGCUGAUCCUUCUAUUCAGAUGUCUUUAUCCACAGUAUUUUAGUAACCAAAAACUGCAUGACAGCAGCUGAAAAAGUAAAUCUGAAUAAAUUCUAUUUAUUUGUCAAUGUAAUUAUUUAACGAGCUUUUAUGUGUUUCCUGUUUUUUUAAGAUGCCUGUUUUUGUUUCAUGAUGUUCUUCCCCCCGUACAUCAAAGUA